AUGACAUGCAAUUCUGAAUGGAAAGAAAUGAAAGACAAACUCGAAAAAGGUCAACGUCCUCAAGAUAGACUCGAUCUCACUACAAGGGUCUUUAGAGGAAAGCUAAUGGACCUAAAAGAUCAAAUAUUGAAGAAAGAGAUUCUUGGCAAAGUUGCGGCUUAUUAUGACAAAUAUGUGCAAGCAGAAAUCCGAGACAAAGAAACAAAUAUGCCUCUUUAUGAAGUAGUUGUCAAGCACAUGCUACAUGGACCGUGUGAAGAAUAUAACAAGGAAUGUCCUCGCUUAGUAAACACAACAUGUCGAUUCCGUUAUCCAAGACCAUUUUCCUCGAAGACAAUGCAAGGAAAUGAUGUAUAUCCAAUAUAUAGAAGAAUGAAUGAUGGAAACAAGGUCAAAGUCCGAAAUGCAACACUUAAUAACAGAUGGGUUGUUCCUUCCAGUCCGUAUUUGCUUCUACGAUAUAAUUGUCAUAUCAAUGUAGAGAUUUGUUCUGGUUUGAAAGCUGUUAAAUACAUAUACAAGUAUAUCUACAAAGGUCAUGACAGAGCAGCUAUCUACAUAUCUCAUGAUGAUGAUAGUAGGACAAUAAGUGAAAUAAGAGAAUUCCAAGAUGCACGUUGA